GAAACGCGCAAAAUUUGAAAGUUCACCCGGAAACAACAGCGGGAAUAGAGAGGGCUUAUCGCUGCGUCUAUGUUACCAUUGUAUUAUUAUUGUCUGCAUGGCAGUGUGGUUAUCUGGGGUUAGGGAAACAUGUUGAAAUUUAAAUACGUCAGUCAGGGAACCCUGAAAACACCUUGCUCCUCCGCUGACCCAAUCACCAGUCGCAGCUUGCGCCUCAACCAGGUGUUUCAGGGAAGAGUGAGCUUGUGCGGCGGUCAGCAGGGAGGAUGCAGCUUAGGACGGGAGGAGUUUCUGGAGGCUCUGUUGCUUCUCUACCAAGAGUGCACAUCCCCUGAGCUAAUGAAGAUUCAACAUGUGGCAAAGUUUGUCCAUAAAUUUUCUGAGGCAGUCUCCGAGCUGCGUGCCCUGCAGCCAGCGGUUCAUGACUUUGAGCUACGUGCAGUGGUCGGCCGUGGUCGCUUUGCUGAAGUUCGAGUAGUUCGAGAAAAAGCCACUGGUGAUGUUUGUGCACUGAAAACGAUGAACAAGGCCGUGCUACGCACUCAAGAAAAUGUUGUUUUUCAUGAGGAGGAACGCAGGAUUCUGGCUCUGAACAGUAGUCCAUGGAUUCCACAACUUCUUUUUGCCUUUCAGGAUAAAGAUCACGUCUACCUGGCCAUGGAGUACUUGCCAGGCGGUGACCUGAUGUCUCUGCUGAACCGAUACGAGGAUCAAUUUGACGAGUCAAUGGCUCAGUUUUAUUUGGCUGAGUUGGUAGAAGCCAUUCAGACAGUCCACCAGCUGGGUUACGUCCACAGAGAUGUCAAACCAGAAAACAUUCUCAUCGACCGGACUGGUCACAUUAAGCUCGCCGAUUUUGGAUCAGCUGCCAAGUUGACUGCAAACAAAACCGUAGCCACUGCCACAGUCCCUGUUGGAACCCAGGACUUUCUGUCCCCAGAGGUCCUGACAGUCAUAAACGGCGGCUCUCAGAGCACCUACGGGGUUGAGUGCGACUGGUGGUCCCUUGGCGUUAUUGCAUAUGAGAUGAUCUACGCCAAGUCUCCUUUUUCUGAUGCCACAUCUACCAAGACCAUCAACAACAUUCUUAAUUUUCAGCGUUACUUAAAGUUUCCAGAAGAGCCUCAUGCCAGUAAGCAGUUUGUUGACUUGGUGCGGGGCUUGCUGUGUGGAGCGAGAGAGCGUCUGGGCUACCAGGGACUGCGGUGUCACGCCUUCUUCUCAAAUGUAGACUGGAACAACUUAAGACAAGUUCCGCCGCCUUUCGUUCCUGCGUUGCAUGCUGAGGAUGACGCCUCUAAUUUUGAGGAGCCGGAGCAGGCUGCCCCCUGGCCAGCCUCAGCAACCCAGCGAGGAGCUGUGCCAGCAGGCUUCCGGGGCCAGGAUCUGCCCUUUCUAGGCUGGUUCUUCAGCAGAGCAUUAACAGCAUUGGCCAAAUCUGAGUCAGUGUCUGCAGGCCUCAACUCACCUGCUAAGACCAACUCCAUGGAAAAGAAGCUUCAUCUGAAAAGCAAAGAAUUACAGGAAACUCAAGACAAAUGCCAUAAGAUGGAGCAAGAAAUCUCCAGGUUCCAGCGUAAAAUGACUGACCUGGAGUCAGUGCUCCACCAGAAGGAUGUGGAGCUGAAGGCGUCCGAGACGCAGAGAAGCAUCCUGGAGCAAGACCUCGCCACCUACAUUACUGAGUGCAGUAGCCUGAAGCGGAGCUUGGAGGAGGCACGCGUCGAGGUCUCCAGAGAGGACGAUAAGGCCAUGCAGCUGCUGCACGACAUAAGAGAACAGAGCAACAAGCUGCAAGAAAUUAAGGAACAAGUAUGUCAUGGGGGGAGGGGAAAAAAACCCUAAGGUUUAAUUUUUCCCACUCGCAACAUUGGAGUCUUUUCCAAGUCUUCUGUAAAUUUUCAGGGUUUAUUUUAAGCCAUAUUUGAUAGCAGAGUGAGUGAGGAAGCAGUGAGAUAAUAUUUCCCCCUCUGUGUGUCUGUUACACAGACGGGGCUUCCCCUCUGGGUGGCCGACACUCAUAAAGGUCAUCAGAGCAGAUGGCAUCCCUGCAAGGUUCAAAACAUGAGCAAUUGACCAAGAGGUUCUCCCAACCACCAUACAGGGGGCAGGGGGACACCCAGUAAUUACACUGGCUCAAACA